AAAACCUAUUUGGAUGACAAUACUUUAUGCUGUGCCAUCACACAGCUACUUUAUAUAAAAGGACAGCGGCACGGAGAGCGUCUAUUGAGCGCCAGUCUGGCCCCCCACCAAUGUAACAAUGGGAAAGAUCAUAUUCUACGAGGACAGAAAUUUCCAGGGUCGGCACCAUGAGUGCAUGAGCGACAGUGCUGACCUGCACCCCUACUUCAACCGCUGCAACUCCAUCCGGGUGGAGAGCGGCUGCUUCAUGGUGUAUGAGAGACCCCAAUACCUGGGCCACCAGUACUUCCUCCGCCGGGGGGAGUACUCCGACAACCAGCGCAUGAUUGGCAUCAAUGACUGCAUCCGCUCCUGCCGCAUGAUUCCCGUGCACCGUGGUUCCUCCAAAAUAAGAUUGUAUGAGCGUCCAGACAUGGGCGGCCAAAUGCAUGAGGUGAGCGACGAUUGCCCCAACGUCCAGGACCGCCUGCGUAUGUCUGACAUUAACUCGUGCAAUGUGGUUGACGGCCAAUGGCUGAUGUACGACCAGCCCAACUACAGGGGAAGACCCUACUACCUGAGACCCGGCGAGUACCGCAGAUAUAGCGAGUGGGGCGGCGCCAGUCCAAGGAUCGGCUCGCUCAGGCGAAUCACUGACUUCAACUAGAAGUCUUUUUCGAACCUUCUUCCUCUCUCUGUUCUCAAUAAACAUGCCCGGCUUAAACUGUA